AUGAAGCUUAUGUUUUUUCCGGUGACUAUAAUUGAAGAAUUACCUCAUAUAUUACUCUAUUAUAAUUUUUCACGAAAACAAAAUCGUUAUUUUUUAUCACCAUAUGAAGUUGAAAUUUGUAAACAUGGUUCACAAAGAACAGUUUGUGAUAUAAUACGUUCAUCAGAUUUUCUUUGUGGUCUACUUGAUAUUGAUCGACGAACAAUAUUAAAACAAAUGCCAACAAAUAUACCUUCAACUAAUUCAACAACUAUGGAUAAUUGUUUAUCACCAAUUAAUUGUGAAAAAUCUAGUCGACGUGCAUUAUCUUGUUCUACAACAUCAACAAAUACUAAUUCAACUGAUCUUCUAUUAGAAAUGAUUGAACAACGAUUAGAUUUUAAACAUAGAUGUAUGUUCUAUUCAACUGGUUUGACUUCAGAUUUAUGUGUCUGUGCUCUCGAUGUUGAUCAUAAUUCAUCAAUUUUAUGUAAUGCUAUUGGUUAUCCCAAUUUACUUAUUGAUGAAGAAUUAACGAAUGAAACAAAUAAUAAUACUAAAACACAAAUACAUAAAAUACAUCAUCAAUAUCGACAACAUGUUCAUCAAUGGAUAUGUAUACAAGAUAUAGUUAAUGGUUUAAUAACAUGUAAUCAUACAAUUAAAUGUAAAAGUAUAAAUGAAAUUUUAAUGAAAAUGGAUGUUUGGCUUAAACAACGAAAUGAAUUAAAAAAUAAUCAAAUAAAAUCAAUUAUAAAAAUAAUAAAUAUUAAAUUAUUUAAAGUACAAGCACGACAACUUGUUUGGGAUUUAAUGGAAAUGAAAAAUGAAGUUCGUUUUCCACGUCCAUCUCAUGGUCGAAUACCAAAUUUUCGUUAUUGUGAAUUAGCUGCUGAAAAUGUUACUAGUUUAGAUUGUUUUAAACGAGCACGUGUUAUCAAAAUAAAUCCAUCACUUGCACAAGAACCUCUUCGUUAUUUAACAUUAACUUAUAAUAAAGUACUUUUAACUCCAACACCUGCACUUGAGUCGGUUCUAUUCUAUAAAUUAGAUCCAAAAUUUUUACGUCGAAAUCAAUUAGAAUGGGCAGCAACAAAACCUGGUGCUGCUGAAUUAGGCACUAUUAUACACUUAACAGCAUUAAAACAAAUUCAUGUUGAUUUAGUUAUUGUUGCAUCAGUUGUUGUUAAUCCUAUAACUGGUGCUCGAAUUGGUAAAGGUAAAGGUUAUGCUGAUUUAGAAUAUGCUAUUAUGUCACAAAUGGGUUGUGUUACAAAUAAAACAAUUGUUAUAACAACAUGUCAUGAAAGUCAAUUAAUUAAUGAUUUACCAAAUAAUAUUAUGGAACAACAUGAUUUACCAGUCGAUAUUAUAGUAACACCAAAACGAUAUAUUUAUACAAAAUGUUUAUUUCAACGACCAGAACGUGUCUAUUGGAAUAAACUUGAUCCAGAUAUGAUAUUAAAUAUUCCUGUUUUACAAGAAUUGAAACGAUUAGAAGAACAAGAUAUUAUUAAGCAAUAA